GCGGUGCAGUCGACUGCCGAUAGCGGAGUGACCAGCAGCGUCAGAGACAGCUGGGGACACCCACCCAACAGCUCCACAACAAACCUGCUUGGAGGCUCCCUGACCGGCUCACAAGUCACGACAUAGUUUUCUCUGGGAAAACUCUGUAACCAUUGGAGCUCAUGGCUGGGAGUGAGGAGACCUUUCUCAGGGCUAAACAUCGGACAUUCAGCGGACUGAGUGAAGAUGCGGAGCGCGAGUGGACCGGACCUUUUUACUUCAUCCAGGCCGCCGACCCGCAGCUCGGCCUGAUGAAAGCCUGGAGGGUGGGCGACUCAGAUGGCGGAGGGGACGAAUGGCAAGAGGAGGUGGAGCUCACCAAGCUGGCCGUGGAGGCUGUGAACCAGCUCAGACCCAGGCCGAGGUUCAUGGUGCUGUGUGGCGACCUGGUCCAUGCUAUGCCAGACACCCCGUUCAGAGAAGGUCAGGAACGAGACCUUAAGGCGGUCUUGAAGGGGACGGAUCCCUCCAUCCCGCUGGUGUUUGUCAGUGGGAACCAUGACCUGGGAAACACCCCCACCCCAAGGACAGUGGAGCAGUACUGCAGUGCUUGGGGCGACGACUUUUUUAGCUUCUGGGUGGGCGGGGUCCUCUGCCUGGUUCUGAACUCCCAGCUGUUCUACGACGCCUCAGGCUGCCCUCAGCUGAAGGAGGCCCAGGAGACGUGGCUGGAGGAGCAGCUGAGCAGAGCCUCCUCCUCAACGGAACCCAAACCUAAGCACGUCCUGGUGUUCCAGCACAUUCCUCUGUACCUGAAGACACCUGAUGAGGAGGACAACUACUUCAACCUGCAGAGAGAAGUCAGACAAACCCUGAUAGAAAGGUUCAAGAAGGCAGGGGUGACGGCGGUCUUCUCCGGCCAUUGUCACCGAAACGCUGGAGGCUGUCACGGCGGCCUGGACAUGGUGGUGAGCUCGGCCAUCGGCUGCCAGCUGGGUGAAGACACCCACGGCGUCAGGGUGGUGGUGGUGACUGAAGACAGAGUCAUCCAUCGCUACUACCGGCUGCAGCAGCUGAAGGAGCGAGGGAUGGAUCACGACCUCACCGAGCUCCUGCAGGCCUAAGGGCUGAAUGAAGGAACAUCAGGAACACUUUGCUUUUUGUGUUUGUUGUUUUGUUUUGGUUCUGAAGUCUCAAUGCCCUGCUCUGAGAAGCAAAAACAAGGUGUGUAGGGAAAGAUUGGACAACUUGAGACAGAAGGUUUAUGUUCUACCGGGACCUUGGUCUCAUCAAUAGCUUUGUAAUUAAACAACAGUUUAAUCUAAAACAUAUCUAACAUGUUGUCAUACCAACCUCUUCAAAUAUGCAUCCAAGAUCAGAAUAAUCCAGCGCACACUGGGAUUACUGGGCACCCAACAAUCUAAUAUGUAGCUUGGUCAGUGGCCCUCAGCUUCAAAUACGACUAUCUUGUUAUCACUCUGCCUACAUGGACAAGACUCUGUAGUCAAAGUAGCAAUAAUAAAUAUACAACAACUGGUUAGACUUCCACAAUAAAGCUAUCAAGUUAGCGAUAACAGAUAAUUAACAUUUGGUCAGGUUUUCAAAAUACAGCUUGCUGUGUAAGGUUUAGGCAAAAAGGUCAUACUUCUACUAACAUAUGCUCACUAGUUAUAUAAUUAAUAUCUCUUUCGAACUAACCCACUGUAAAGCGAGUGAUGAAUGUGCUUAAUUUCUAUUUUAGCUAGGUUAUAUGAGACGCAGUCUAAUUUUGGGUUCUCCCAAAAAAAAAGGUUUAAACUGUCUUCCUGUGUUCCAAAGUUCACAGCGUGCAGUUUCUGUUCAGCUGUGUAGCUCUUUCUAGUGCAGUCUGUCUUCACCAUGUGGAGUUUGCAAUCCCUGCAAGCUACUGGUUAAGGAAGUUCAGCUCUCUGCCUAUGGAAACAUUGAGAGUUGUCAAUUACGAACACACAGCUCGAGACCAAUUGGCCUGAAGUCAUGCUGCCCACCUCCGCUGAUCAUUUUAUAUGAAGAGUCUUUUCAAUCAAACCAGUACUCCACAAGGGUUAUGUACUCUUCAAAAGCGUCGCUGGCAGCCUGGUCCGUGUCGGUAUGUAUCCCAGCGCAUUUCGAAAAGUGAAGCAGCUUCUUGCAAUACACUAUAACUGGCAGGGAAUUUGAAAUCCAGUCAGGUGGCGCGAUGCUCGCAGUCAAUACGGGGCAUGUGUCAGCAUGUGAUAUUGGUAUAUUGGUUGCACAGGUAUAUAAGUUUAAGGCCACUUUUAGAUGAAAAUAAAGGUCUUAAAAGUAGAGCCCGACCGAUUAAUCGGCCAUCGGAAAAUAUCGGCCGAUAUUAGGGUAUCAAGUGACUAUCGGCAUCGACUACUUAUAUCACAGAUAUGAGCCGGUAUUACUUGAUUUAUUCACCUCAUUUUUCUCCUCCUAAUAUUGAUAUCGAUAUCAACCCUAAAAAUCCCAUAUCGGUCAGGCCCUAAUUAAAAGUGUGUCUUACAGGAUAGAAAAUUUGUUUUUAUAUUAGAAUCAAACCCUUGUCUACUGGAUGUUUAAUUCAUAUAUUCCCCCUAUCACCACUCCAAGCAGACCGUUGGUUACUCCACAUUAGCUGACUACAACAGCAGAUCAAGCAAUAAGCAAGAGUCCGAAAAUAAUGCUCCCUACAGUGUCAAUCGUAUUACUGACCAAGCUGCUGUAUUUGACCACUUGAAAUGAGAACGACCGGAACAUUCUGAGUAUUCAUUCAAGUGUAGAUAAAAAAUGUACUGUAUGUAUGAAUAUAGGUAGAGAAAAGUAGUGGAGUUAUAAACAAAGAGAAGAUGCCAUUUCUUUCCAACAUUAUCAGACGAGCAGAAUGUUGACGGGAAAUUAAAAGAAAGAAGUUUGUUAUCUC